CCUUGACCCAUAAUCAUUGCCGUAUACCGACGGAUGAACGUUAAGGGAAAAUUGUGCAGAGCAUCCAAAAAAGGAUGUUUGGUAACAUGGCAGUGAAUGUAUACUCGACUGGCGGUAGCGCAGACAACCUGAGCAGGCAUGAUAUGCUGGCCUGGCUAAAUGACUGCCUGCAGGCCUCCUUUGGCAAGAUCGAGGAGCUCUGCACUGGCGCCGCCUACUGCCAGUUCAUGGACAUGCUGUUCCCGGGUUCUGUCGCCUUGAAAAAGGUGAAAUUCCAGACGAAUUUGGAGCACGAAUAUAUACAGAACUUCAAGACGCUCCAGGCAUCUUUCAAGAAAAUGAGCGUUGACAAGAUAAUCCCCGUCGACAAGCUGGUCAAGGGCAAAUUCCAGGACAACUUUGAGUUUCUGCAGUGGUUCAAGCGCUUCUUCGACUCCAACUACGACGGCUCGGAGUAUGAUGCGGCGGCGGCACGGGGCGGCGAGCCGCUAGGGGGCGCCGCGGCGGCGGGCCGCCACGGCGGCGGCGUUCGGCGCAGCCAGAUGGCUCGGCCGGCGCCUCGCGCCGCCCCGCACAAGCCCGGUAAUCGCGCGACGGGGCCGGCCACGCGGCAGACCCCUGAUGUCCGGCGUCUGGUGAUGCUGUGGCCGAACGCCUGGCGGGGCCGGCGUGCGCAUCCCAAUCCACUGAUCACGCUCCGCCACCACUCCCAGGUAGAGGAGCUGUCGCUGCAGCUGCAGGAUAUGCGACUUAACGUGGAGGGGCUGGAGAAAGAGCGCGACUUCUACUUCGGCAAGCUGCGUGACAUCGAGGUCAUUUGUCAGGAGGAGGAGGGAGUCGACAGUGACCUCAUCCAACGCAUACUCAGCAUCCUGUACGCCACCGAGGACGGGUUCGCCGUGCCAGACGACGAGGACGGGGUGCCGCCGCCGCCUGGCGAGCAGGACGAGUACUAGAACCGCCCAUUCCAGCCGCCAGGUGGCCGGAGCGCGCCGGUCGCCGACGGAGCGCACCUCACCCAGAUCCAGGCCCGGCCCGGUGGCGGGAGCGCACUAACCAGUGCCGGGCGAGAGUCCGGCGCGGCUUUAACCUGCGCGAGCGGCCGGGGCCAGUCAGCGCGCGCGUGUCACUGUUUUACCUACCGUCUCGAGCCGCGACGGUGGGAUGUUGUUUGCGUCUGCUGCUGCUCUGCUGAGCUCACGCUUUGAGCCUUCUAAUGCAGGUGCGGAACGGGUUGAUGUGUCGACCGACAGUCCAAGCGGGAAUAUCGGGUCGUUAGGACUGUAACUAUGUUUUGCACGUGGUUUGACGUUUGAAUUGAACUCUCAUGACGUUGAAUGGUGACAAUAAGGAUGCACAUCACCUCUCUGUUCAAAGCACUUGUUGUGCGGGAUAUUAACUGAUCAUGACGUAGCGUUGUGUGAGAUAUGCGCGCAGCUUUUGCGAAAUUUGCUUGCAGCAUUGCUACAUUUUUAGAAGUGCCUUCCCGGUUUGUCGUAAUCGUGCAAGAGCGUUAUUGGCCAUCUAUUGACAUUCCGGCGGCCCAUGUGCAAUGUUGCAAACAAUGUGCAAUGUGUACAUAAUACAUGAUGCUUCUGCCGCAACCGCU